AUGGUCAACACAGGAAAGCCUAGCAUGGCUUGCGCCACGUGUAAAUGUGACCAACAGCGGCCUGCGUGCUCCCAGUGCCGCAAAUCUGGAUGGGUUUGCCCAGGCUUCCCGUCCGAAGCCGACGUCAUCUUUCGGCACCACACGCCCGCCUCCCAGCAAGCAAGCAUUGGUCGUCGUGGCCAGCCAACAGGCAGAGUCAUUGACUUAUCGCCCGCAGUUACGGAGAGGGCCACAUCCUUCUUCCUCCACCAAUAUGUCUUCAGCACCAAGACUGGCUCCGACACUGUCGCACCGGCGGUUCAUGAGCAUCUGCCGGUCCUCCUUCAACGGGAAGCGCCCACUGGGGCGCUUAGUAUCAUCAUCUCGGCGGUGGGCCUCGCUGCUUUGGCGAAUGCUGGAACUUCAACACCGUGGAAACACGAGGCGUACCGUUUAUACGGCAAGGCCCUCCAACGAUUACAGACGGACCUCAAAGACUCAGCCGGCAUGAAAUCGGAUAGCACAUUGACGGCUGUGAUGCUGAUGGGUACUUUUGAGAUGAUCGCAAAUGGUGACCCGACUUCUAUGGAGUCUUUCCGCUACCAUAUUGUCGCCGGGGCUCGAUGUGUUGAGAUUCGCGGACCAAAUCAAUUCCGCAAUGCAGUAUCCGCCAUACUAUUUAUUCAAUUACGUCGCCUCAUUAUUAUGACUUGCCACCAACUACAGGAGCCAUUGCCCUACGCUCUUAAGACGUGGUCUCGAUGGGCUGAGCCUACUCAGACGAGAGAUGAGGCUUCUUUGAAUCGCUUCGCUGAACUGAAUGAGCACCUUGCAGCUGUCCGGGCCGAUAUUAAACGAAAGGGUAUCCGAAACCCUGCAGCUGUGGCUGCGAUGCUAGAUCCAGUCGAUCGCCAGCUUGCGGGUUGGGAAACGAGGCUCCCAGACUCGUGGAGAUUUAAAUCCUACCGAAAUCUUGACUCAAAGGUCGAUUCAUUCGAGAGUCAUAAAUUACACAAGGAUCAAGAUAUCCGCAAUUCCGUGGAUCCCAAAGCCUACAACAUUGGGAAACCGUCGCAAUCGGCCCCAUUGGUGACCACCAGGGAUGGAACUUUGCUGGGUGGAAGAUGUAGCACGACAGAUGUGAACUUUUUUUUGUCCAUUCCGUACGCAAAUCCUCCAAGAAGGUUCCAUGCGCCUACACCCUACACAGGAGUGUACCAUGAUCGAAACACGACGACUCCCGCCCCAGCCUGUCCACAGUUUGGCACGACUUUCAUCGAGACGGAUGAACAGUCUGAGGAUUGCCUCUUCCUUGACAUCUUUGUCCCCGCUCACAAACCCCAUAAGUCCAAGCUGCCCGUCAAAAUCUGGAUCUAUGGUGGCAGUAAUGAAGCAGGUGGCAUCUCAAAUGCGAUGUAUACAGGUUGCUACGCCGCUGAGAAUGUAAUCCAAGUCAAUAUCAACUAUCGCCAAGGGCCUCUGGGGUUUUUGGCUGUCCAGAAAGCUGGAAUAGAUGGCAAUUUCGGCAUUCGAGAUCAGCUGCUGGCAUUGAAGUGGAUUAAGGCAAACAUUGAAUCUUUUGGCGGCGACCCUGAUAAAAUGGUGCUCUUCGGACAAUCAGCUGGCUCCUUUGACACUUUCACUAUUGCCACCCUGAAUGAUGCGCCUGAUCUGAUCAGCGCUGCCAUCAUGCAAUCGGAAGGUGGUAGCGACUUCGCGUCAGUCACCGAGGCUCAGCCCUGGAACGAGCUGUUCGUCACUGCUCUAGGCUGCCAGCCAUCAGAUUUCUCCUGCGUCAACUCUAAGAGCGUGGCCGAAAUGCAGCAAGCCGUCCUGGCGAUGCCUGCCGGGGUAGGACCAUCAAUCGGCAGCCCAAUAGCCCAUAUCGGCCGUGGCUUCAGCUGGGGUCCUCUUGUAGAUGGCAAAACGAUCCCACAGGCGCCUGCAUCAACCGGCGUCAAGGUUCCGUCUAUCUUUGGCUCGACCGCUACAGAGGGUAUGCUCUUCGUCUUGGCCACCUACUCGAAGAACUUAACAACCCAAACUCAGGUCACUUAUGACGACUUCUUGAGUUACCAAUUCGGCCCCCUCGCAUCGCGCGUCAAUUCAACUUACCCGCUCUCUAAUUUUCCGCGAACCGCCUCCGCGCCUAACUCCGCUGACUCUGCCAUAAGUGCCGUUUAUACUGACUACGCUUAUAAGUGUACAGCAUAUAGAGUCCUUCAGAAGGGAAUUGCAAACAAAGUCCCUGUGUUCACAUAUUUCUUUAACCGCACCCCUUGUACCUGGCUGACAUCUGUUCCAAACACCGCUUUUGUCCACAGCUUUCUUGGUGCUACCCACACCGCUGAGCUUCCCUUUGUCUUUGGUGUAAUGGAUGGACUGCCUGCCCCUGGAGGGAACUGCACCUCGACCUCGGCCGAGUUACAGCUAAGUAAAGAGAUCAUCUCUUCGUGGGAUAGUAUGGCCGCCACAGGUACUCCUGGAUGCGAUUGGCCACGCUACUUUGAACAGGGUAAGAAUAAAGGUCUGGGAAUGAUGUAUCUAGCGAACGAGACGGUUGUUGGCGAAGUGGACUACAGCAUUUGCCCGUUCUGGGAUGAGAUAAGGGACGAACUGUUGGCUUUGCGGGCCCAGGGAAAAGUAAAUCGGUCCUAA